AUCGUAAUUAUUUACACCUUCAAGCUCUGCAAUUUGUUGUUGAAUUAAUGGCUGAGGAAGUGACUCUUCUGGACUUCUGGGCAAGCCCAUAUGGGAUGAGAUGCAGAAUCGCCUUGGCCGAGAAAGGCGUCAACUAUGAGCACAAGGAAGAAAAUCUCCGGCACAAGAGCCCUUUGCUUCUCCAGAUGAACCCUGUUCAUAAGAAGAUCCCUGUCUUGAUCCAUGAUGGGAAACCCAUCUGUGAAUCACUGAACAUUGUUCAAUACAUUGAUGAAAUUUGGAAAGAUAACUCUCCCCUGUUGCCUUCUGAUCCUUACCAGCGUGCUCAAGCCAGGUUCUGGGCUGAUUUUAUCGACAAGAAGGCUUUCGAAAUGGGGGCAAAGGUAUGGAAGACCAAAGGAGAAGAGCAAGAGACAGCGAAGAAGGAUUUCAUAGAAUGCUUGAAACUGUUGGAAGGAGAGCUUGGUGACAAGCCUUACUUCAGUGGUGAGAGCUUUGGGUUCGUGGAUGUCAGCCUUAUCCCCUUCUACUGCUGGUUCGAUGCAUGUGAGAAUUGUGCCAACUUCAGCAUUGAAGCUACUUGUCCAAAGCUGAUUUCUUGGGCCAAGAGGUGCAUGGAGAAGGAGAGUGUGUCAAAGUCCCUUCCUGAGCCACAGAAGAUUUAUAAAUACGCUCUGUAUCUCAGGAAGUUUUAUGGGAUUGGGUAAGCAGAGAGAAGAGAUUGAAAUCUGGAAUUUC